AUGUCGGCAACAUUAGCAUCUAUUGCUGAUCAUCUUGAUAGUCUAGCUGUUGUUGGUGCAGGACUUUUUGCUGGUGCUGCUCUAUAUAUAACAAUUGGUGAAACACCAGCUCUACAAGAUUUUGGUCUUGAUGAACAUUGGCGUUUCUUUCCACAUAUGUAUAAAAGAGCUGCAAUUUCUCAAAGUGUUUUUAGCGCAAUUGGUGGUAUAGCUGCUAUUGCUCAUGGUACUCGUAUUAAUGGCUCUUCAUUCGAUCGUAAUCUAUGGAUUAUUGCUGGAACAACAUUAAUUGGUAUGGCGCCAUAUACAAUCUUUCUAAUGCUUCCAACAAAUAAUACGAUUAUUAAUGAUAAUAAAGAAACAACAUUAGGCAAAGAAAGUCAAAUAAGUGUUACACAACGAAAAAAAAUACUUCAAAAAUGGGCUGGACUUCAUCUUGGUCGUACUAUUACUUCAGUAGCAAGUUUUAGUGCGAUGGUUUUUGGUCUUAGUCGUCAUUCAUCAUUAUUAUUAGGAUGGUAA